AUGGGUCUGCUCCUGAAGAUUUUCACCCCCUUGCUGGGUCUGGCCUUGGCCGUUUAUUUUUAUUCAGCACCCGAGAAUUUCAGCGAAGAGAUGCUGCGGGGGAAGCGGGUGAUCGUGACGGGCGCCAGCAGCGGCAUCGGGGAGCAGAUGGCCUAUCACCUGGCACGCAUGGAGACCCACCUGCUGCUCACCGCGCGCACCGAGGCCAAGCUGCAGAAAGUCGUGGAGCGCUGCCUCGAGCUGGGCGCUGCCUCCGCACGCUACGUGAGCGGCUCCAUGGAGGACACCACGUUCCCCGAGGUGGUGGUGAAGGAGGCUGAGAACACCUGGGGAGGCCUUGACAUGCUCAUCCUAAACCACAUCGGGUUCAGCUACUUCAACUACUUCAACGGGGAUGUUGGGCACGUACGAAAGCUCCUAGAAACAAACUUCCUCAGCUACGUGGCAAUGACCAUGUCUGCCCUGCCCAUGCUGAAGGAGAGUGAGGGCAGCAUCGUGGUGGUUUCAUCCAUAGCAGGUAAAGUUGGGUCUCCAUUUAUUGCUCCCUAUUCUGCAACUAAGUUCGCCUUAGAUGGAUUUUUCAGCUCCUUGCGACAGGAAUUCAUCAUAGACAAGGUCAAUGUCUCCAUCACACUUUGCAUCCUGGGCUACAUCAACACAGAGAGCGCCGUGCGAGCCGUUUCCCACGUCAUCCAGGACAAGCCAGCACCAAAGGAGGAGUGUGCGCUGGAGAUCAUCAGGAGCGGAGCGCUGCGCCGGCGGGAGCUGCACUACCCAGCCCUGGUGGCCAGCAGCAUGGUCCUGCUGCGGGGCAUAGCCCCCGACUUCCUCGACUCCCUUGUCAGGAACAGCUACAAGGUGGAAAACAUCCAAAGAGCAUAG